AUGAACACGCAGCCGGAAAAACGUCGAGAACGGCUCAUGUCCAUGUUUACAAGAGUACUCGGCCGUGGAAUACACAUUUCUCGGAGCACACGGGCGGGAAAAACUAGCGCUCCUCUUCUCAAAAAUAGUGCAAAUAUCUCAGACAAGUCCCGCUCUGCUCCACACUCUGCAGGAGCGUCAAGGGCUCUAGCCGAGGCCUCGAGAUUCCUCGAUAGCCUCCCCAAAAGCAGUGCGGUCAGCAUUCCUCGGCAAAGAACUCUGGACCGAUAUCUUGCCAUUAUCGAGGAACAAGGAAUCCACAAAAUCGAGAGCAAUGAAGCAACAGAGUUCAACCCAACCGAAGAGACAUGGCAACUCAUUUCCCAUGCCGCCGAACGAGCUCAAAUGAUCUACUCGGACAUGCCUCACUCGCCGCAUAACACAAUUCUGAGUCCUUCCGGCUACUCCAAAAAGACUGUGAUCUCCGACGACCAGCUUCCAAACGGAGAUCAUGCCAUCACUGUGACUGUAUGUGGUUCAGUAGGUUUCCACGAUUGGCUGGUGAACUUCAACGGGGCCCCAGAACAAACCAUGCAGAUGGACCAUGACCAAUCCCUCGAACCGCCUCGGGGAUACCACAGAGGGUUCCUCGCCGUGGCAAAGGGCAUGCAAGAGAAUGUUGUAAGAGCGAUUUCUGAGAAGCUUGACGGAAUAGCCGACACUGGAAGGGCGGUUGACCUCCUCUUCACCGGCCACUCGGCGGGGGGGGCCAUCGCAAAGUUAUUCUACGCCAUGAGCUCGUCGUCUAGCAGUUUGUUCUCCAGCGUCAUACCAAGAUUCCGCCACGUCCACUGUAUCGUUUUCGGUGCGCCACCCGUAGCCACCUUUCCCAUCUCACACUGGCAACCCCAAUCGCCACCCUUCCAAUCCGGCGUGUUCCUAAACAUAGUCAACGAGGGAGACCCAACCCCCCUCUCCCAGCAGGAGUACGUCCACCUCUUGCUUAGGUGUUUCGUCAGCACGAAGGAACCGAAGGAGCCCUCCAACGAGACGCUUCAGGUCCCCGAGCCGGUGCUGCGUCUGAGCGGAACCUGCAUUGUUCUGAGGGACGUCAGCGAGGAUAUUCAACAAAAGAAGUGGAGGGCCGUGGAAGUUGUGCCGGGUGUGUUGGAAAGAAAAUUGUUUGGAGAUCCGACCAUGCACCAUGUCGGCAACUACGUGGACAGGAUCAAGGCUGCGCGUCAGGCCAGUUAG